AUGGAUUUAUCAAACUUAUCAAGAACUCUACCGCUGCUGAAACCACUUCACAAAGAAGAUGAAAGGAGACGUAAUACUUCUCCAUCGGGGACCGGAGCAGCCGCAGCUUCAGUAACGUCAUCGCAAUCAACUAGUUCAACUAGUUCGACUUCUUCCACUGCAGACUACACUGAUCUUACUACACAUUUUAAAGAUGCUGCAAAGGCCAUAGCUUCACUCUACAACACAGCUUUGGGUGUCCAGAACCUGACGAACACGAACGAUGAAACACCGCAGAAGCUAACAUUAAAAACAGACUUUGCCCAAGCAGCAAGGUCAGUGGCUGUACUUUAUAAAUAUGCUCAAAUGUCCCACCCAGCCUCCUUUGAUCAAGGUUACUUAAAUUGCAUUGACGACUUGUUACAAAUUAUCACCAAUGAUGAAGAUGUUGAGAACUGGGCACUUACACGGCGAGCAGAAAUUACCAAGCUUCAAAAGACGAGCAAUAAAGAUAAUGAAAGAGAAAGGGAAAGAGAAAGAGAAAGGGAAAGAGAUCGUGAUCGCGACAGAGAAAGGGAAAGGGAAAGAGAAAAGAAUUCAGAAUCUGAUUCUAUACUGAACUUUAGUCAAAAGUCUGUCGUGAACAAUAGUUUGGAUUCUUUGCAAUCUCAAACUGAAUUCGACGUUGGUAAACUUCCAAGUGAUUUUGCUUUCCAGUUUGCUCUGGACUUAAGGCCACCAACUGCAUUUCGUCCAAGUAUACCGCCUCUUUCUGUCCUGCAUAAUCCAUCACAGCGAAAUCUUGCAAUCAGUAAGAAGAACCGGUUUCAUCAGCAAAUUUUGAAGAAAGUCCAUUCCUCUGAAGAUUCAAGUGAAAGUGAAAGCGAUGAUUUAAAAAGAGUCAAAAUUUUUAAAGACAAUACGAGCCCUAGCAGGAAGAAAAAACGGAGGAAUAAUGCCACUAGCAAUAUCAACAAUAAUACUAACGACAAUGACAACGAAAGUGGCAAUGACAGCACAAUUUAG